ACCGGAAGCAGCCAAGCGUUUUGUCAAAUGCUCCUCUUGCGGCGUCAAUGCAUAACCCAUAGUCAAAGGGCGUUUCAUCCUCUUCGUCCUGUCUCCAGGGAUAUAUGGACCGCUCCAGCACGUCUUCGCAGGCGCACCAGUGAGUCCGGUCGUACUACCCAGGGUCGCAGUCGUGAACGGAAUUCAACCUGGCUGGUUUAUCCUGCAACGAUUCUCGUCUUGUCUGGCCUCGGUUAUGUAGCAUAUAACAACUCGAAGCCGUUCAAGCAUACAGUACUUGCGAUAAUACGCUGCGCCAGAGUUGGAGAGGCUGCUAUACUCGGAGCCAUUGACUACAAAUGGACCUUUGCGGGAUCGUAUGAAACGGAGGAGGAAAGGAUGCAGGCGUAUUCGGAGUGCCAUACACGAAGCGCAAAGAGAGUAUUGAAGGCUCUACUGGCGAAUGGAGGUGUAUUCAUAAAACUGGGACAGCAUAUGUCGUCUCUUAUUAUGCUGCCGAGGGAAUGGACCAGCAUUAUGAGGCCUCUGCAGGAUCAGUGCCAGCCUACACCGUAUGAAAAUCUGGAAGGCCUAUUUCUCUCGGAUAUGGGUGCAUCCAUAGACGAACUGUUCGAUGAUUUCGACCCAAAUCCUAUUGGGGUGGCCAGUCUGGCGCAAGUGCACGUCGGGCACCAUCACGCUUCUGGUAAACGCGUUGCUGUCAAGCUGCAACAUCCUCACCUAGCAGAGUUUUGUGAUAUUGAUAUGGCAAUGGUUGAGGUUGCGCUGGGAUGGAUCAAAUACUGGUUUCCCGAAUUUGAGUUUACUUGGCUCGGGGAAGAGAUGCGAGAGAAUCUUCCCAAAGAAAUGGAUUUCGUCCACGAAGCAACUAACGCGAAGAAGACUGCCAACGAUUUCAAAAAUAUCAGAACUUCUCUUUAUAUUCCAGAGGUCAUUGUUGCAAAAAAGCGAGUGCUCAUUAUGGAAUACAUCCAAGGAGCCCGAGUGGACGAUCUAGAGUACCUGGCCGACGCCAACAUCGAUCGUAAUAAAGUUGCUUUGGAACUGUCUCGCAUAUUUAAUCAAAUGAUUUUCAUCAAUGGCUGGUUUCACGCGGACCCCCAUCUGGGGAAUCUGUUAAUUCGUCUGGCACCACAAACAUCUAAGUCUCCCUAUAAUUUUGAAGUCGUACUACUGGAUCAUGGCUUGUACUUUGACCUUGAUACGCCACUUCGUGUCAACUAUGGCAAGUUUUGGCUCUCCCUCUUCGCCCCCGCUAGCGAGUCGGCCAAUGCUGACCGCCGAAAAUACGCUCAGUUAGUUGGGAACGUUGGUCCGGACUUGUAUCCUAUAUUUGAAGCAGCCAUAACGGGACGUGCUGGUUUAGAGGGGACUUUCGAAAGCGGUACUUUUGAGCGUGCCUCUGACAUGAUGAGUAUAUCUCCGCAAACUGAGGAGGAAGUACAGUUGAUACAGAAUACGAUUAUGACGCGAGAAGGGAUGUUCGCAUCGAUUCUGCACGUCCUUAGACAUGUCCCAAGGAGAGUACUUAUGGUGUUAAAGGUCAAUGACUUGUUAAGGAAUCUGGAUCACUCUUUGAUGACGACGCACUCAAAUGUCCGAAUAUUUUUGAUCAUGGCCAAGUAUUGUAUAUAUGCGGUAUGGCAAGACGACCGGCUCCGUGUGAUAGACAGCAUAAGGGAUAGAGGGUUGUUUUCCUUUAGCCUACUCUUCGACUAUUUCAGGUGUUGGUGGCGAUACCAAAAAUCAUACGCGCAAGUCGUAUUGGCCGAAUCCAUCAUGGAUAUACAGGCCCACUCUGUGAUCACGAGGGCUUGGAUUCGUGGGUUGUUGACGAAAGGUUUUAGAGGCGCGCAUUUAGCUGCAGCUGGUCUCGCAUGAAGAUGUCAAAAGUAGUAUAUGCACAUU